GCAGAUUCUAGAAGUGAGGACCCUUGGCGACGCCAAGACUCUGAUUCUGGUGAAUGAUCCCUAGGCAGGGCACCUCAGACGGUCUCACCCGGCGAGCAAAGCGAACGAUUACGGGUCACGAUAUCGGCUCUAUAGCUUUAGACUUACUGCUAUAUGCAGAUUUGGAACAGACACAGAAAAGAAGCUGGCGCCAUAUAGCACUUUUGGAAGUCACCUCGCACGUGUUUGAUAGGAGGAAAAGAAAUUGAUGGAAAGGAGCAAUUUGGAAACCCUGAACAGUUUGUUGGAUAUGGAAAUACAAUUUAUAACAUGUCGCCAUACCUACCUAGUGCCUUCAGAUCAGGUGCAC